GAGGCUCCUCCCACCUCUCCUGACAGACACCGCUCCACCUGGUUGAGCUGCAUCACUGAGGACCGAGCGACAUGCUGCUGAGGAGCUGCUUCACCGUGGGGACGCUGCUGAUCGGCCUCGCUGCGGCUGCAGUGUUCGUGGAGCGGCGUGAGGCCAACGCGUUGCUGCGGCGAUGGCGGCGAGCGAACAGCGGUUUCCUGGAGGAGCUGAAGAAAGGAAACCUGGAGAGGGAAUGUAUCGAGGAGGUCUGCGACUACGAGGAGGCGCGGGAGGUUUUCGAAAACGACGACAAGACGAGGCAGUUCUGGCUGACGUACAACCGUCGUGACCCCUGUCUGGUCAACCCGUGUCACAACAACGGAACAUGUGUGUACGUGGCGACGAGCUACGAGUGUCAGUGUCCCGAGGGAUUCGAGGGACGAUACUGUCAAACAGUGUUUGAAGACUCUCUGAAGUGUCUUUACCAGAACGGACAAUGUCAACAUUUCUGCGACGGCUCCGGAGAAAAACGCAAAUGUUCGUGUGCUGACGGAUACAAACUGGGAGACGACGGACGACAGUGCAUCUCUCAGGUGGAGUUUCCGUGUGGUCAGCUGGCGCCAGCGGAACCAGGCCUGGACCAGAGCGUCCUGGGUCGGACCAGACUGGUGGGAGCCAACAACUGUCCCACAGGAGAGUGUCCCUGGCAGGUGCUGGUUCAGUUCAAUGGGAACAGUCACUGCGGAGGAGUUCUGAUUAAUCCAGAGUGGGUCGUCACCGCUGCCCACUGUAUCCAUGGCAACAACGCCCAAAACCUCACAGUGGUGGCCGGUGAAAACAACCUGGACGUGGACGAAGGCACAGAAGAGAUGAUUCCUGUUGCCAUGGCGUUUGCACAUCAGAAUUACGCACCGGCGACAGGCGACAGUGACGUGGCGCUGCUUUACUUGAGCCGACCCGUCACCUUGAAGCAUCAAGUCAUCCCCGUCUGCCUCCCCACCAAGGACCUGGCGGAGCGCGAGCUGCUGCCGACCCGGUACCACACCGUGUCCGGUUGGGGCAAGAGGACCAGCGGGGGCAACGUGGAGUCGCACCGCGGGCCCCCCGGCACCCCGGUCUCCCCGUACCUCCGCAAAAUGACUGUCCCCAUCAUCCAGAAUUCCCUGUGCUCCCACAGAGCCCAGCUCAACUUCACCAGCAACAUGCUGUGUGCCGGAUACCUGGAGGGUCGCCAGGAGAGUUGCCGCGGAGACGACGGCAGCCCGCUGGUCACGCUGUAUGGCUCCACCCACUUCCUCACGGGCGUGGUCGGCUGGGGGCGGGGCUGUUCACAGCCUGGGUAUUAUGGUGUGUACACCAACAUGGCCAACUUUGUGGACUGGGUGGAGGCCACUGUGAAAGCACCGCCCACCGCGAUGACAGCUGUCGAGAGGCCGUUGGAGAAGAUCUUGCCGUCCUCCGACAUGUUGGAACAGAAAAUCAUUUCUGUUAGCUGCCCGCCCCCUCUGAUCCCCUCCCCUCCCCCUCCCUCUCUCUCUCCCCCUCCACUCAGGUCAAUGCCCUCUCUACCAGCUCCUCUCCACAGUCAGACUCCGCUGCCUCUCAACACACUCAGCUUCUUCCCGACCAGCUCACCACCUUCCUCCGGGGCCAUGUUGUGGUUUCUCCGGCUGUCCCUGGGGCUCCUGCUGCUCCACCUGGCCGCCGCUCACGUCUUCGUGGACGACAAGGCGGCCAAUCAGGUUCUGACCCGGCGGAGACGAGCCAACAGCUUCUUUGAGGAGGUCAAACAAGGCAACAUGGAGAGGGAGUGUGUGGAGGAGCGCUGCAGCUGGGAGGAGGCGCGCGAGAUCUUCGAAGACCGAGAGAAAACUAAUGAAUUCUGGGUCAAAUACGUUGAUGGCGACGCCUGCGAGCAGAGGCCUUGCGCUCACGAAGGACUCUGUAAAGACGGGAUCGGCAGCUACACCUGCUUCUGCCAGGCUGGGUACCAGGGCUUCAACUGCGAGAUCGUGAUCCCUGAGCUCUGCGAGACCAAAAAUGGCGGCUGUGAACAUUUCUGCAAUGUGGUCCGAGGAAGCGUUCAGUGCUCCUGUGCUGGCGGAUAUUUCCUGGCAUCAGAUUAUAAAUCCUGCAACUCCAACCAGACCUUCAAGUGCGGCGCCAUCGUGGGCAGAGACACCCGGACCGUGUUCAGGUACGUGCGACAGAACACGACCGUGGGAAACUCGACUGGGUUGAACGAGACGGACCCCAACACCAACUCCACCGAGCAGAAAUCGGAGCCCUCGCCUCUUGGAAUCGUCACCGAAAACCAAAUUGUGCCAAAAUACGUAGUUUUUGAGGAAACGAUAAAUUCCGAAAUGGCGAGUAUGACCCGCAUCGUCAACGGAGAGGACUGUCCACCAGGAGAAUGUCCGUGGCAGGCUCUCCUCAUGAACGACAACGACAUUGGGUUCUGCGGAGGAACUAUUCUCAACGAAUACAUCAUCCUGACCGCCGCCCACUGCAUGAACCAAUCCCGCUUCAUCUACGUCAAGCUCGGCGAGUUUGACACUUUGGUGGAUCACGGUAAUGAAGCUACGCACUACGUGGAAACAAUCGUCACCCACAAUAAAUACAGACCAGAAACUUACCACAACGACAUUGCACUCAUCAAGUUAACCAAACCCAUCAAGUUCUCCAGGUUCAUCCUGCCGGCCUGCAUCCCCGAGCAGGACUUUGCUGAGAAGGUGCUGAUGCGGCAGUCGGACGGCCUGGUCAGCGGUUUCGGCCGCAUGGGCGAGGGUCGGCAGGCGUCCACCAUCUUGCAGCGCCUCACGUUACCCUACGUGGAUCGGCUCACAUGCAUCGAAUCCACCCAAUUCCGCAUCUCCACCCGCAUGUUCUGCGCUGGAUACCACUCAAUGCCCAAGGAUGCCUGCCAAGGUGACAGCGGCGGGCCGCACGUCACCCGCUACGGCGACACCUACUUUGUCACUGGCAUCGUGAGCUGGGGCGAAGGCUGCGCACGCAAAGGGAAAUACGGCAUUUACACGCAGGUGUCCAAGUACAUCCGCUGGAUCCACGAAGGCAUCGAACAGCUGAUGAACAAAGAUCCGAACGGCGGCAGAGUGAAGAGGCACCGCGGCGCCAUCAAGAGGUCGUAUCUGUAGGACGGCAAACGCCACCUAGCAGAGAUCAGCCGCUCUUUGUUCCACUCAUGUAGUCGUCCAUCUUAUGUUUCAGACAUUGAGGUCCCCAGAGACUUGGAAAAACAAUUAAUAGUUUUCCAAAAAUGUUAUUAAAGCUGUAUUAAUUAAUUUGCUUGGCCACAUGGGGGCAGCAGGACACAAUGUAAUAACUCAAAUGACAUAUUAUUGCCUUAAUCCAAAAAGUAAGUGUGUCUGACAUGUCACCCAGAACACACAUGUUCGUCCCAACGUCCCGUGGCGUUCCUCAGGGUUCUGUUAUCGGUCCUUGUAUUUUCUGUUAAAAAUAUUUUAAUUAUAAUAAUUGAGUCUCUGACUGCGUCUUUGCUGGUCGGCUGAUGAUCCCAAACCAAAAUGUACAAACAUUGACGAUCUGAACCACUUUGAUUCAACAGUUUAAAGAUCUGUAUUAUUUAAAAAAGUGAAAAUUUAAAAAAUUUAACAUUUUAAAACUUGUGUAAACAAAAAAAAAGUCUGUUUGCAUGUGUUUUUCAUGAGUCGUUGUCAGAAAUGAUCUGAAUUUGAAGGAAAUGAAGAAAACGUUUCAA